AAACAAUUGGGAAAAAGGUUUUGAACAAGCGUAAACAACGACCAAGACCUGUUUGGUUGGUAAAUUUCUUCAGUUCUAUUUAUAAAGCAAAUCUCCUUUUAGAUCUGUUUCAUUUUCAAAGCCUUCUUCACGAUCUCUCAAAACUGAGGGUAACAGCCAAACGAGUCACACUCCUUUCUACUCCAUCAAACGAUUUUUUACCGAUCCGACACUCUUCCCUUACAGGUCCCGUUGGUGUAUCAUGUGCUAUGCUUAUGCGGCUGACUUAUCUACUGUAUGAUGAUAGUCAAUAAGCUUUUCAUGUACAAUGCAAGAAUGGACUAGAAAACUCUGGCGUGAAGAGUAACUUUGCUUAGAAUUUGUAGUGCAAGCAUGGUGCUUAACAAAGUUACAGAAAUUGUUUCCGCUGCAGUGGCUCGUUUCUCGAACCCAAAGACGUCUAGCACUCCAUAUCCAUCAUCGGGGUUACCACCUCUGCCAGGUUCACUUAAUAUUUCCAGCUUAGAUCAGAAGAACAAGUUGAGACUUUCCUCAUCCCUUCAAGAUCUUUCUGCAUAUCGGCGGCUUGAUCUGGAAGAUGGUGAUCUUAACCCUGAAAUAGAGAGGGGUUCAACUAAUUUAAAACGGCUAAAUCUUUUCAAGAGAGAAAAUUUGGGUACAAGCUUCUCCAAGGUGAAGGGGUCACCAGCAGUCAAUUCUGCACGAACGAAAUGGAAGCGAGUUAUCUUAGUUCUCCUCUGCUUGCUAUUGGUUGCAUUUCUCUUAUAUAUGUUGUUUUUUUAUCUUAAUUUAUUCCGCGGAGAGUCAAAGUUUUAUGUUGUGCUUGAUUGUGGUAGUACUGGGACUCGUGUUUAUGUAUAUCAAUCAUCCCCUAACUAUAAAAAAGAUAGCGAUCUCCCUAUUGUAUUGAGAUCACUGCCAGAGGGUUUCCAGAGAAACUCAAGAUUACAGAGUGGACGGGCUUACAACAGAAUGGAGACAGAACCUGGAUUUGACAAAUUGGUGCACAACACAUCUGGCUUGAGAAAAGCAAUCAAGCCACUAAUUAAGUGGGCAGUGAAGCAAAUCCCCAAGCAUGCGCAUAAAUCUACUUAUCUCUAUCUUUAUGCUACGGCUGGGGUCCGCAGGCUGCCAAAUUCAGAUUCAGAAUGGCUUCUCAACAAUGCUUGGUCCAUUUUAAAAAGUUCGCCUUUUAUGUGCAAGAGAGAAUGGGUUAAAACUAUCACUGGCAUGGAGGAAGCCUAUUAUGGAUGGAUAGCUAUGAAUUACCACACCGGUAUAUUGGGGGCAAAACCUAAAAAAGGAACAUUUGGUGCACUUGACUUAGGUGGCUCAUCGUUGCAGGUUACUUUUGAGAGCAAGGAAAAUCUCCCUGAUGAAACUAGCUUAGAGCUGAAUAUUGGUGCAGUUAAUCAUCAUCUUACUGCUUAUUCCUUAGCAGGAUAUGGCCUGAAUGAUGCUUUUGACAAGUCUGUAGUUCAGCUUCUCAAGAGGCUUCCCAAGAUCAGUAAUGCAGAUCUCACCAGUGGAAACAUUGAGAUCAAGCAUCCGUGUUUGAAUUCUGGUUACAAGGAGCAAUAUAUCUGUACUCAUUGUGUUUCCCUAUACCAAGAAGGUGGUAAUCCUACCACUGGGAGAGAAGUUUCUGGUAAAGGGGGAAAGCCUGGAGUUCGUGUUCAGCUUGUUGGAGCUCCAAAAUGGGAAGAAUGCAAUUCACUUGCAAAAGUUGCUGUCAAUUUGUCUGAAUGGUCUGGCAAAAAUCCAGGAAUUGAUUGUGAGUUGCAGCCCUGUGCUCUUGCAGAAAAUCUUCCUCGUCCUUAUGGCCAGUUCUAUGCUAUGUCUGGUUUUUACGUGGUAUAUCGUUUUUUCAACUUGACCCCUGAUGCUGCGCUGGAUGAUGUAUUAGAAAAGGGUCAGGAAUUUUGUGAGAAGACUUGGGAUGUCGCAAAGACUAGUGUUGCACCUCAGCCUUUCAUAGAACAGUAUUGCUUCAGGGCACCAUACGUUGUCUUUUUGUUGAGAGAAGGCUUGCACAUUACUGAUAGUCAGGUAACCAUUGGUUCCGGAAGUAUUACUUGGACACUAGGUGUUGCACUGUUGGAAGCUGGAAAGGCAGUUUCAACUGGGGUGGAACUUAUUAGUUACAAGCUAUUGCUCAUGAAGAUGCACCCAAUUAUUCUGUUUGCUAUUUUGUUUGCUUCAUUAGCUGUUCUUCUUUGUGCAUUAUCAUGUGUUGGGAAGUGGAUGCCCAGGUUCUUCCGUAGGCAAUAUCUCCCCCUUUUUGGGAAUAAUAGUGCUUCAUCCACAUCUAUAAUCAACAUUCCAGCUCCUUUCAGUUUCAGGCGGUGGAGUCCUGUUAUUACAGGUGAAGGAAGAGUGAAAAUGCCACUCAGUCCAACAGUUGCUAAUACACAACAGAGACCAUUUGACACUGGGCAUGGUUUCGGUGGCAAUGGUAUCCAGCUCACUGAAUCUUCUUUAUAUUCAUCGUCUAGUAGUGUCGCACAUAGUUUUUCAUCAGGGAGCUUGGGUCAGAUGCAAUUUGAAAGUAGUAGCACGGGUUCCUUCUGGUCCCCACACAGAAGCCAACAGCGUCUCCAGAGCAGGAGAUCCCAGUCACGAGAAGAUCUUAUUUCUUCACUGGCUGAAGUGCCCUUGCCUCCAAAGGUCUAACUAAAUCUGAUGGUAAUAUUGCUGUAUGAAGAGAAAAUCAUGAGGCUGAUGAUUGCUAAUGGCUCAUUAGCCAAAUUGCUAAUUACCAUCAUCUAUGAAUCUCAUGAUAUACGCCUGUCCUACGUUCUCCUUUAGAGGCACCAUAAUGAGGCUACUACUUAUUCAUCUGACAUUACAUAGAAUAGAUUCAUGACACGGACAUUAUCAGCCAAAAGAAGUCUGGCCUCACUAAGCCAGGCGACUGUGCAGAACAGCCGAUAACUUGUUACUAUGAGGAGCUUGACAAAGAUUUGCAUCCUGUGAAUAUUGGGGAUACUAAUGAACUCCAACUAUGAUUCCAACUUGAUAGUCCAAAGUUUCACAUGAUUUGAAUGGAGGAGAUUCUCUAAAUACAGUCCUUUAUGUGAAUGAGGUAGCCGGCUUGUAAAUGGUCAAAUUUCAGGUUAGGUUAACUCGAGAUUUUGGCAACUCAUUCUCUACUCAUAUUUUUCACAGUAUACAUGUUCCUUAAUUCUUUGUACUACCCACUAUUCUAAUGUACUUCUAUUUAGAGAAUUCAACAUUUUCACAA